GCAUCGUAAAAUAUAGCAUCGAUUUGAAAUGUCUUUGACUGGUUUGAUAAUUUCGAGAACACUCUUUCUCGUUUAACUUCAUUAUUUUCAAGGAAGUUAAUUGCAUUGUCUUAAAAUAUUUUGUACCAUAUGUGAUAAUAUAAAAUCUAAUCCAACUGGGUCGUAUUUCAUUGCCCGUUUGUUACCUUGAGGGCAGGUAAAACAAUACAUGCGACUCUGCUGUCUGUGUUGUGACAUUUUACAUUUUGUUUUGACGCGUGGACAUACGUGCACAGCAGGUAGAAAAACGGAGUUAUACAGGGGAAAAAGAACAUGCAAUGCCGAGAAUGCACACAGUGCAACACCCGUCAAAUGCUGUGCCACCACAGUGGUGGCACUGAAAUUUACUACGAAAUUCCUCAUCUGACAACGCCCCAUUUUCAGUUGUGUGCCCAUAUCUUAUUAUAACACGGGCAAAUCUUGUCAGCUAUAGCAACUUUGUUGCCAGCGAUGAAUUAUCUUGUUCUCCUGUUAGGUAACCUUUAUCUUCUAAACAGACCUUUUAAAUGAAAACGGCAGACAGCUGACAGAUGAAAAUUAUUAAAACACCUUAAAUCAACAAAACGAUAAUGAGUAUGGUGGAAACCAUAUACAUGCCAAGUGAAAAUGAUUUUCGUGGCAAAACCAAGAAAUUGAACGGAGUUCAGAAUGGAGGUAAAAUUUCCAAUGGAUGCCACAAGCAAACCAAGCAGGUGGAUGAAGAAACAGAAAAGGCGUGGGAGAAAGACUUCUGUGAAACAUUUGAAGAGACUCCCAUGUUAGCAGCAAUAUCUACGUACAUUGGCUAUCUCAUUCUUGUGGCUGUAGGACAUGUGAGAGAGUUUUUAAAGGGCAUCGGCAUUGGAGUUGUUAAAUGUGUUGCGGAACCAAAAAUUCCUGGAUUUGUUCCAUUGUAUCAGACUUGGGAGAGCUUUUACUCCUGGUAUGUGUACCGACGUAUCCAAGAUUGUUUUUGUCGGCCGGUAAGCGGUGUACCUGGAGCCAAAAUGGUAGUGAUAGACCGUGAGAGUAAUGACCAUAGAUGGAGUUUUCAAUAUACUGGUGGCCAUUCAACAGUGUUGAACUUUGGUUCAUACAAUUACCUAGGAUUUUCUCAGAAUUCUGGUCCUUGUGCAGAGGAAGUGGAGCAGACAAUUAAAAACUACGGUGUGAGUGUUUGUGGGAGUCGCCAGGAGUUAGGGUACCUGGACCUCCACAAACAAAUGGACAGGCUAGUGGCAGAUUAUCUAGGAGUGGAGGACGCUUACACUGUUCCCAUGGGUUUUGCCACAAAUUCCAUGAAUAUUCCCUCUCUUGUUGGAAAGGGCUGUUUAAUUCUGAGUGAUGAACUGAACCAUGCAUCACUAAUUCUGGGCUGUCGGCUCUCUGGAGCCAAAAUCAAAACCUUCAAACACAAUUGUAUGAAAGAUCUUGAAAAGAAUUUAAGAGAAGCCAUUGUAGAUAAACAGCCAAGAACCCACAGACCAUGGAAGAAAAUUCUGAUUGUGGUGGAGGGUGUUUACAGCAUGGAAGGUUCCAUAGUGAAGCUACCAGAGGUGCUCCGAUUAAAAAAGAAAUACAAGGCUUAUUUAUAUUUAGAUGAGGCCCAUAGUAUAGGUGCAAUAGGGCCCCAUGGGAAGGGUGUAGUGGACUACUUUGGUCUGAACCCCCGGGAUGUGGACAUCAUGAUGGGAACAUUUACCAAGAGUUUUGGUGCUGUUGGAGGUUACAUAGGUGGAUCACAGGCCCUUGUCAACCAUUUACGUCUGUACUCCCACUCAGCUAUCUACUCCAGUAGUAUGGCCCCGGGUGUUGCUCAACAAAUCGUGUCCUCAAUGAAUAUCAUGCUGGGCAGGGAUGGAACCAGAGAAGGCGAAAAAAGAAUCCAGCAGCUGAAAUGGAACACUCGAUACUUCAGAAGGCGACUUCAAGAGAUGGGCUUUAUUUUAUAUGGAAACAAAGAUUCUCCUGUUGUGCCUUUGUUAAUGUUUAUGCCGUCCAAAAUAGCAAAGUUCUCCAGAGAGAGUCUAAAUAGAGGAAUGGGUGUGGUUGUGGUUGGUUUUCCUGCAACCCCCAUGACCAAGUGUAGAGCUCGCUUCUGUCUGUCAGCCUCGCACACGAAAGAAAUGUUAGAUGAGGCACUGCAAAUAACUAGUGAUAUUGGAGAUCUGCUGGCAAUCAAAUACUCCAAAGCAGAACCACCCUCCUAUUCUGAAAAUGAUGUGCCAUUAGUGGAGGAUUCAUGAACGAGGAGACGGGGAUCGAGGGAAGCUUCGCAGGGAAAGAGAUUGUUGCAUUUUAAAGUUUAUCAAUUCAUUGAGAAAAGGAAUACAUUUAGUCCUCACGGCUCUAAGCUUGUUUUGUGAUCUUGUGUAUGCACAUAUAUUUUAUAAAAAUAUUUUAAGGAUAUGCACCAUACUACGGAACUAAAUGAGUAUUAAUAUUGUAAAUAUUGUUAUUUUUUUUCUGUUUUGGGCAUUUUUUUUAAAAACAUUUAUUUUAUCUCAAGAUUUUGUAUCAAAUAUUAUGAUGAUGGACAGAAGAACUAGUCCUUUUAAAAUAUAUGUACUUGCCAGAUUAAUAGUUUAGUCUCAUUUCUAACCAUCCUACUGGUAUUGCACAUAUCAAUGGAAAUUGGUUGUGUUUAAACCUUGCUUUCUCAAAAUGGAAAUAUUUCCAGCAUAUGAUUUUUCAAAUGGAAAUUUUUGCAGCACAUGAAGUUUUCAAACGGCCAGUUGUAAAACUAGCAGUGCAAAAUGGAAAUUUCCUUACCUACAUAGCUUAUGUAAACAUGACAACAUUGUAACCGUAGAUUUCAUUCUCCCCCCCCCCCCCCCCCCCCCAUUUUUUCAUACACAAUUGACCUCAGUUAUCAUUAUGUUUUAUGAUGAAUAAUGUUAUUUAUUUUUGUACUUAACCGUCUAGCUUUAUAUAAUAUUUAGCUUUAUGCAAGUCCAAAAGCGUAAUAGUGAUGCUUGAUAAUAUGUUUAUUAGUUAUCAGUACUCAUUUCUAUUUUUAAUUUUCCAUAUUUUUUUUACUGAUAUAUUCUAACUGCACAUUUUGCUGUCACUGACUAAAGGCGGGUGUUUGUUAGUGUUAUUGUUGACUAUUAGUUAAUUGUGCCACUCUUUACGUCUGCCAAAUAGCAUAGAAAGCAAUUCAACUUCUUUCUGAAUAACGUGCCUAUUAAAUGUUUGAACAAUACAAUAGAACAAAAUACUGUAAACCAACUCUUAUUUGUGAAAGACCGGAGAUUAACCGGUUCGCAGCAACUAACAUUCACGUUCAAACCUUAUCAACACCAUGUUGUUAUUUCACCCAUAACGCAAUUACGGACCGAUUUGCGGAAAGAAAUAUUCACAACAGGGAGGCUAUCGCAAACCUUGCAAAAUUUUUUCACACACCAAUAAAAGUUGGUUUACAGUUUAAGGUGGAGGUAAAUUGAGGGCACAGUAACAUAGUCUAAAGUGAUAUCAUGCAGCACUGUUUUUGUUUUACUAAUGGUAACUGUUAUGCAUUGGUUUUGCUUUGUUUUGGGUGUAAUACAUGUGUAUGAAUCUCCUUUGUUUUAUUAUGUUUAUCAUGAUCAUAAUGGAGAAGGGUGCUUCAGACAGAGUACACAGUGUAUUUUGGACAUGUAUAUUCCAAUGGAGAGAAAAAUAAAAACUGCCUUAAAACAAG